AAAUGGCUAAAAAUGGAAAAGUCCCACCUGACAAUUGACAAAUGACAGUAUUGACAGUACGAAGGGAUUGAAAAUGGUGGCGAUUUAAUAGAUAUGUUUUGUUAUUAAUAAGAAACUAGGCCAAUAUGGAUACAAUCAUAGAAGAGCCCCAAAAUGAAAGGGCCCAAAUUCAAGACAUUGGUAUUGUUGAUGCCACCGAUUGGAAUACACAAUCUGAGCAAAUUGUCAAUCCUACUCUUCUGUAUAUAGCGGUUGAAUAUGUGAAGGACUACAAAGUAGAUGAUCCAAAUGGUACAUCCCAAGCUGAAGUAUUUUCCGAUUUCAACUCCCAUGUCAGCCCCCUCGAUCCCAAUAUGAGCUCUGUUGCUGAUUAUAGUUCCGUCUUUAAUGAGUCUUCAGCUGACUAUAACCCCGUUGUAAUACACCAGCUGAUUACUCAAGAUGGUACUGUACAAAAUGAGCAAUAUAUCAGUAACAUAAACCCUUCUCUUGAUACCAUAUCUACUGUGCUUUGCAAUAAUAAUAUUAGAGAAGUUAACAGUGAAUUUUUGCAAAUGGUCAAUCCAGAUAAUGCUGAUAUUGUUAAUACUGCUAAUGCUGAUUGUUUGUUGAUUCCAAAACGGGAACAAAAAGUUGAGCUUUUGAUCACAGAUGAGACUACAGGAAUCUCAUAUAGCGUUGACGCACAAGAAUUGCUAGUAGAACCAUGCCUUCAAGAUGACCAAAGAUUAUUAGAAGCCCUUGCACCAGAUCCUAUCCUGGAAUCGGAUCUUCUCACUUUAGAUGACAGAACGUUGAAGUCGGAGCUAAACGAUGACAUAGAUAUGUGCCCUAGUGAAAUGGCGGAUAUAAAUGCUGAAGCCGUAAAUAAUUACAUUAAUAAUUUAUCUGAAUCUGAACUCGGCAAAACUAGUGUAAUAAAUUCGUUCAAAAUGACAACCCGACCGAAAAAUCUGGAUCCGGAAGAGCAAUUGUUGUCGAGUGUGUUCAGUAUUACAGAUAAACCUAUCUUGACGAGAGCUAGGGCUUCGCUUCCAGAAUCUUAUUUGACCUUAACUAAAGUCGAUAAGGAGGAUGCAGUUUUUGCGAAAAAGACCAUUCCAAAGAGAACCCAAUUCGGGCCUCUAGAAGGGAUCCUUAUUCCGGUAAUAAGUGACGAUGCGGUGCUUUUAAAAAAUUCGGAAGAAAACAAUUUGAUGUUUCUUGUGAAAACGCACAACACCUUUUGUAGGAUUGAUGCUGCAGACGAAAAUACUUCGAACUGGAUGAUGUUUGUCAGAAAGGCAACUACCUAUGAAGAACAAAAUUUAGUGAUAACACAAGAAGACGACGGUAUUUAUUUUACCACCACAACCGUUAUCAUGCAAAAACAAGAGUUGAAGGUAUGGUACAGCAAAGUAUACGCAGACUUCUACGAUCUACCAAGGCUACAACCCAAACAAGACCCCUGCUGGCCUUGCUACGAAUGUACCCUCAUAUUCAAUUCUUCUAACGAGUUGCAGAAACAUCUCGACACCCACGACAAGGAGAAAGACGAGAACGUCAAACCGAAAAAGAAGAAACUGUUUUUCUUCAAGAAAUUUCAUAACGAGGCCGUCGAAUGUCAAAUCUGCAACGAGACCUUUUUCCAAUGCAAUCACAACUUUUUGAAACAACAUAUUGUCCAGAAGCAUCAGCUGGCUAAAGGAACCGUUGAAGAAUAUUUUGUUGCUAUUACUAUUUACAAAUGCAAUACAUGCAGCACCAGCUUUAAGUCGGAAAGUUUGUUAAAAAUUCACAGCUUUAAGCACGAUCCUGAUACCUCGGAGGAACAAACGAACCACGUAUGUCCUGACUGUCAAAAGAAGUUUCCCACCCAACGCCAAUUGGUAUUGCACGUAAUGCAACACGCCGUUGCCAGUAAUACCCAACCGAAGAAGAACAAAUGUUUAAUUUGUCAUAAGUUUUUUUCGCACCCGGAUCGUCUCCUGAGACAUAUGGUAGUCCACGGCUCGGACGAGAACAAGCCACUACAAUGCAAGACCUGCAGCAAAAGAUUCCUGAACAAUUCGGCUCUGUCGUGCCACCUUAGAACGCACAGCCUCGGCAAAAAAGUAUUUGAAUGCCCUAUCUGCAAAGAACGCUUCGACCAUGUAUUAAAACUAAAACUGCACGUGCCUAGCCACUGCCACAACAACACGUUUACUUGCCCGCACUGCAAGAAAAUCUUCAAAAAAUACAGCAUCGUCAGAAAGCAUAUCAGAGCCUUCCACUGCGACGUAACGCACGAUUGUCCCGACUGCGGUAAGCGGUUUCCUUCUUUGGAAAAAUUGAAGGUGCAUUUACUCAGGCAUUCCGAUCACAAAGAGUUUCUUUGUGCCAAUUGCGGCAAACAGUUUAAAAGAAAGGACAAGCUGCAGGAGCACUGCAAGCGGAUCCAUUCCGAGGAGAGAGAAAAUACUAUUCCGAAGCCGAAGCACGCUAAAAAGAUAAAGAAAUUUAUGCCGAGGGUCGAACCUACUGAUUUUCACAGGUUUAUAUAUAAAUGCCACAGCUGCUUGGUGGGAUUCAAGAGGAGAGGAAUGCUGGUCAAUCAUUUAGCGAAAAAACACCCAGACAUUCCUCCCGAUUCAGUACCAGAGCUGAAUCUACCAAUUUUGCAAACCACGCGGGAUUACUAUUGCCAAUACUGCGACAAGGUCUACAAGAGCAGCUCCAAAAGAAAAGCGCACAUCCUAAAGAACCACCCAGGCGCCGCUUUGCCAAUGAGUAACAGAAAGCGAGGCGCUUCCCUACAAGAAGUGUCUGGUCUUCCCAACCCGACUUUCUCCCAGACCGUGGGCAGCAUCACCACCAGACCGCAGAACUGCAUGUGGUGCCACAAACAGUAUGCCAGCAAGGCCAAACUAUUGCAGCACCAGAGAAAGAAACACCGCGACUUGUUGCAUAAUGAAGUACAAUAUAAGGAUGAAGUGCAAUAUAAGGAUGAAAUGCAAUAUAAGGAAAAAGAUGUUCCAGUCGUUCCAGUUGCAGAUAGUGUCGAACAGAAAAAAGACAAUAAUGACGACGUAGCCGAGUUCGAGAAAGUUGUGGAAAAUAUGAUCAGCAGCGAGUUAGACGACUACAACCUGGAGGAAGGGACUCAAUAUUGCCAUUUGGCGAUUAAUGAGGCUGAGAGUUUUAUUGAGGCUAGUGAAUUGGAAAAUCCGAAUUCUCAGUUGUAUCGACUUCUGACGACUACGAAUAAUGGAAUGUUACCACCUCGUUGAAGGGUUCAAGUUCAUUUGUCUGGAUAUUGCUGUCACUCAAACGAGUGUUUCGCUGUCUAUUCGAGAGACUUUGUCGUUGCCAUGGGAUGGAACCUGUACGUUCAUUAAGCAGAAAUAAUGAAGAGCAGAUUGAACAUAGCACAGAUAGCAAAAAGAGAGAGAUAUAUAUUGUUAGCUAUUGGUAUUUGAAAAAUUUUAUAGUUGAUCAAUUUUUUCUUAUAAACUUAUUCGUGACGGCGAAUAAGCUGUAUUUACUUGAGAUAAGUGAAUAAUAUUUGAAGAACACACGAUGUUGAAUUAGUUUCUACAAGUAGGUGGAUAGCUAAAAGAAACUUCUAGUCUGAUUUGUAGUAUUCCUGUACUAUAGUUGCCUUUCGAAGACUUGAAGAAAUGUUUUGAUUCCUUGUUUCGUAUUGCUUAUUGACUUCUUUACACCAUUAGCUGAACUGCGACCGUAGACCAGUAGUUCAAAUGCACAAAUUUCAAAAAUGUCUAUAAGCAAAUCCUCAAAGUGCCUUCCUGUAUCUUUAUAGUAACUGCAAACUAUUUUGAUAUAAUAUCUAAAUAAAUAAGUUGUGUUUUAAAAUCUUUUGGUGUUUCUAUUGAUGUAAUCAUUAAAAAAAAAUUGUGCUUUAAGAAAACAAUAUGUUUAACUUCAACUGCAUUGUGUAAUGUUUAUAACAACCAUACCAACAAAUACAUUCCUACAUACAUUCCUAAAAACGCUUGUUAAAUGAAAAUUUAGGGAUUUAAAAAAUAUAUUAAUGUAUUUUUCAAACAUUUAUUACAUCUUCGUUGUGUAUUCAGAGAAACCUAUUUACAUACAUACCAUGAAAUGACAGCUCUGAUAAUUUAGGCGUUUUUUAAAGAAAGGUUUACUUGAUUUGAAACUUUUAUUGAUCUGUGAUUGAGUAUUUACAUUUGCCUAGGCGUUCCAUGAAACAUUCUUACCAAUUUUUCUAACAAAUAAAGCCAUAAUAGUGGGAUUUUGGCGAUUUUAAAGAAAUAUGGACUUAUUGAUGACUUUUAGGCAAGUGUUUAGAGAUGCCUAUCUAUAGCAGUUAGUUUUACGGAAACUUCUUACCAACUCUAUCAACAAAUAGAGCUCUAGCAAUUUUGGCAUUUUUAAAUAAAUGUUUACUUACUUUUGAAUUUUUGUUGACCCACGACUGAUCAUUUAGUCUGUUAGCCUUACGAACUGCUAAGCCUUAAAAUGCUUUCUGUAUGAUAAUUUAGAUGUGUUUAAAGAAAUAUUUAUUAUCUUUUAUUGAUUUUCCAUCGUAUUUACAUUUAUCAGUAUGCAUUCCAAAACUCUUACCAUACCAUCUUUACCAACAAGUAAUUUAGGCUGUUUAAAGACAUAUUGAUUCAAAAAACCUUUGUUGAAUCAUUAAAUAUUUAGAGUUGCCUAUCUAUAGCCGUCCUACAGAAAUUUCUUAUGAACUUUAUCAACAAAUAGAACUAUUAAUUGUGUGUCUAUAUUCGUUCCAUAAAUACUACAUGCUUUACCAAAAACUAGAGCCUUAAGAUGAUUUCUGUAAUAAUUCAAGUAUUUUUAAAGAAAUAUUUCCUUAUGUUUUGUUGUUUUUCCAUCGUUUACAAUUACCUAUUUGUGGCGUUCCAAAACACUUCAUACCCAAAUUUACUAACAAGUAAUUUAGGCUUUUUUAAAGACAUAUUGAUUCAUCUUUAACAAUUAUGUUGAUGUAUUAAGUAUUUAAGAGUUGCCUAUCUAUAGCAGUUCUACUGAAACUUCUUACCAACAAAUGAAGCUCUAGGAGUGUUUGAUUACUUUUGAACGUUUAUUGACCUGUGAUCUAUUACUCAUGACCUUCUUUUAAACUUUUAUUGACCUAUGAUCGGGCAUUUACAUUUGUCUGUCUCUAGACAUUCCAUAAAUACUUCAUGCCAACUUUACCAAAAACUAGAGCCUUAAAAUGAUUUCUGUUUGAUAAUUUGGUCUUUUUAAAUCUAAAGGACUUUUUUGUGUUUAUUUUCCAUCUUUUGCGGUUACCUAUCUGUAGGCGUUUCAUUCCAUCUUUAGCAAUAGGUAAUUUGUUCGAAAAACUUCAUAACAUCUUUAGCAACAGGUAACUUAUACAAGUAUAGAGUUGCUUAGCUACAAUUGCAUAGCCUUCCUUGAAUCCACCUUUUUGACUUUACCUUUAAAUACAACCAUAAAAAAGCUUACGGAAGGUAAGCUUAUAUAUUUUCUCCUUUUUUAUACAUAAAAAACCUUUGAACUUAUUGAUGUACACUGUACAGUUGUUUUCUUUAAGGUUUCUAUUUCUAGCCAGCUAUUUCAAUUGUUAAAAUCUGUUAAAUAUAUUGUAUAUAUUGCUAGUGUAUUUGUAGAUAAACAGAUAUCUUUUCAAUACGAAUAUUUUUCUUAAAAGAUGCUAGUAGUUCAAAUGUAACAACAGAGUUGGUGGUUCCCAUUUACGAAUGAUCUUGAAUUGAAGAUCUAUUAGUUGUAUGCCUUAUUGAGUGGUAAAACGGAUUUUUAUCAAUCUAGUUUACUUUCUUCAACACUUAAAACUGGUCUUUCAGAUUGCUCUAAUAUAAAAUUAUUUGUAAAACGAAAUCUAAAGAGCCGGGGAUCUAAAGAUUUCUUACGCUGGAAAACAAAUUCUGGUCACAACGUAAAUCCCAGCUUUCUACAAUUUACAAAGCAAACGGACGAUAAAUGGAUAGACGUGGGAAAUCUACAAUAUGCAUUCUAGAUACCUACAAGAAAACCUUACCUAUACCUAUGACACGUCAAUUUAUCUAUACAGGGUGAUUGAUUAGUGGGAUAAAGCUUCAGAAGAUCCGCUAUACUAAUAGAUAGCAAUGAAAGUUAAUAACACAGUGGCAGACCAAACUUAUGUUUUUUAAAAUAGAACACCCUAUAUUUUAUUUUAAAUUCGAAAUCCUGUUAACUUCUGCAUCACAAAAAUAUAAAGCUUUGUUAUGUUUUACAGGGUAUUUACAAAGUUAUAACCAAUUUUAUAUGAAAAUCGUAACAAAUUCAACUCCCUGUAUAAAUAAAAAUAAACAAAACAGCAAUGGUUUAUUAAUGCUAUAUUUUUUUACGUAUUGUCAAAAUUUUCAGGAAUGAUUGAUAUUGCUAAUUUUCGUUAUAUCAAAUACAGGGUGAGUCAAAACGCAAGUACCUUAUUUUCUCAGUAAUUUUAAAUAGAACACCCUGUAUUUUAUAUCACUAUUAAAAAGUACCAUUACCGUACUUUAAUUUUUAUAUAAAAUUCCCUAUGUCUAAAUUUAUUAGUUUUCGAGAUAUUUUCAUUUUUCAAUGGACCAGUAGCGUGGUUACCCAAAUCACCAGAAUUUAAUAAACUGGACUGAUUUUUUUGGGGUUAGGUUAAUAAUGAAGUUUAUAAAAUAGCUCCAACAACAAGGGAUGAGAUGAAAAAUAGAAUACAAAGUGUAUUUCGAUGUGUUAAUUUACAAAUGCUUCGUAGAGAAAGUAGCUCAUUCAAUGAUCGUUUUUAGGCGUGCAUAAAUGUGUUAGGAGGUAAUUUUGAACACCUUUUGUAAUUAAAUAUUAAAAAUAUUUUAUUAAAAGUAGCUUCUAAUUUUUUCAAACAUGUUUUUUUGCAAAAUGUAUUACUGCUAAAAUAUUUUUCGUUCUUUAUUUGUUACAUUGUUACAUUUACAUACAAAAGUAGUGUUUAAUUGUCUUCACAAAAUGUUGUAUUUUAUGUUUGUCUGUUUUUUUGUAAAAUUUAUUACUAAUUUUCUUUCUUUAUUUGUUACAUUUAAAUAAAAAAAGUAGUUUUUAAUUGUUCAAAAAUGUGGCAUGUUGUGGUUGUGUGUUUUGUAAAAUGUAUUACUAAUAAAUUAUUUUUAUUUAUUUAUUUGCUACAUUGUUAUAUUGAUUACCGGAUUGAUAAUCAGUAAUCGUCAAUUGUCAAUUCAGUUAUGGCUUACUUAAAAUUUAGAUAAAUUUAGACACCUAAAAUAAUUUGCUCUGAAAAAUGAAAAUAUCUCGAAAACUAAUAAAUUUGGAUAUAGGGAAUGUUAUAUAAAAAUUAAAGUACGGUAAUGUUACUUUUCAAUAAUGAUAUAAAAUACAGGGUGUUCCAUUUAACAUUACUGAGAAAAAAUGUACUUGCGUUUUGACUCACCCUGUAUGUGAUAUAAAGAAAAUUAGCAAUGUCAAUAAUUCUUGAAAAUUUUGACAAUGAAUAAUAAAAUAUGGCAUUAAUAAGCCGUUGCUGUUGUGCUUAUAUUUAUUUAUAUAGGGAGUUGAACUUGUUACGAUUUUCAUACAAAAUUGGUUAUAACUUUGUAAAUACCCUGUAUAACAUAACAAACCUUUAUAUUUUUGUGAUGGAGAAGUUAACAGGAUUUCGAAUAUAAAAUAAAAUAUAGGGUUCAAGCAUAAAAUAAGCAUUUAAAAAAAGCAUAAGUUUGGUCUGCCACUAUGUUAUCGAACAACCUGUAACAUUAUAACUAAUUUUGUAAUAUAAAGCUCAAAGUUGGCUACAAUUUUUGUUAUUAACUUUUAUUGCUAUCUGUUACUUUAGCGGAUCUAUUGAGCUUUACCCCACUAAUCAAUCACCCUGUAGAGCGUUUCACGUUAAGAACGGAACGUUGCGUAAAUAGAGCCACGUAUUUCUUAUAGACGAUAGUGGAGCGCCGAUGCCACGCCGUCUGAUUAGAAUGAAUAUAGCGGCAGUCUAGUAGCAACACGUGCCUGAGAGUUUUGGCAACACUGAUCUGCAUAAGCCGAACGUUCCGUUCUAACGUGAAAUAAAGCAUAGGUAAAAAUCCAACGAAUUUGAAUCCUAGUACUCAAUUUUAGAAACCCAGAUCUAUCCAUUUAUCGUCCGUUUGCUCUGUAAACUAGAACGCCUCGGAUUUAGGUUGUGACCAGAAUUUCUUGUCCAGCAUAAGAAAUCUUUAGAUCUCCGGCUCUUUAGAUUUCGUUUUGCUUUUAAUAGAUGUCGCUGUGGAGUCUUUUGCAAAUGAUCUUUGAUAAUUUGCUAACAUGACAAGGAGAUUGGGUUUUGAUUCAAAGCACACCACGGGCCAUUUUGAUGAGUCCAAGAGGACGAAAUGUGCAUAAAUGGAUGGUGAUGGUCUCUGUGUCGAAACCAAAUCUUAAACUGUCUAUAAAAUCAUUUGUUAUUGACGUAACUUGACGCUGCAACUAAAAUGUUAAGCAAGAAUUUACUAAUUUUUUGGUGGAUUAGUCAUGUCUUUUACAAAAGUAGAAGAAAAAUAUAUAUUUUUCUAAAAGAGAAGCAAUACUUAGUUCAAACGAAAUAACAGAUUCGGUGAUUCCCAUUAGCGAAAUAUAAGCAUGGACUGAACUAAAAAUAAAAUUUUACCAACCAUCACUUAUUUCUUCUAACUUUUCCUACUUCUAAGAAUUUGAGUGAAGUAUUCGUUUACUUCCUGUCAUUUGCUUUAGUUAUUGCUUUCGCAAAGAUAUUUGGAUUAAUUUGUUGCGAUACACACCAAAAGUUGAGCAUUUUUAAUUUUUAUCGCUUUAUCUAUUUAAAUUGUCGAUCAGAUUAGCCAAGUGGACUGAGGAGCAAGAUUGACAAAUCUAGUGGAUAUGCGGUGGAGGCGAUCGAGGUUCGAGCCCCAGCCCGGUGAAUAGAAAAAUAAAAAGGCUGACGUCGUAGUCUAAAAUUCUAAAAAGAAUCUACGACUUGUCUGGAAUAAGCUGGUGUCUGAUAGGCCUAUGGAGGAGCGGUACGGCAAGGGAUAAGGGCUUGCGGCUCGGUGACACUCCUCCAUAGAUCCCUACCGGAAGGGCGUUGACGCCUAAAAACGGUGUAUAACUAUUUAAAUUGAUGCCUACGAUGUUCUAAUAGUCGGUUUCACUAACGUCAAAUAAGACCUACUUUCUUUAUUUAUCAAAUAAAUAUUUAUUCUUAGAAUAAAUUGACUUAAAAUAUUCUUAGAAUAAGUUAACCUCGCUUUAAAUGUCUAUCACAAAGAAAAUUCUUUGUCGGUCAAUUUAAUGUUUCCACCUCCUUUUUUUGUAUUUUUUUGCUUUUUAUUGAUUUCAGUAUCUACCUAUGUAUGUAUGUGCGUGCAUAAGUAUUAUAUUAUGUGCGCACAUGUAGGUAAUCUUAUUGUAUUUGGAAUAUUGUAGCAAACAGAAAUUUAUUAUCUAUCGUGGCUGAAUGGAUCAAGUAAUCCACAGCCAAUAAGGAAGAAAAAAAAUUCUUCAGUUUAACUUUAAAUUAUAAAAGUUGUAUUGAAACACAAUAAUAUUAUAAUCAAGUAAUCAAUUUUAUUCGACCAAUAACUAUUCACAUAUUUAUUUGUAGUAGUUUAUUCGAUUAAUAAAGUUAUCUGACCAAUAAACUGGCAAUCUACAUUUUACUAACGUCAAAUAACAUUUUAUUUAUUUAUGAAAUAAAUAUUUUCUCUUCGAAUAAAUUGACAAGUUAAUCUCGCUUUAAAUAUCCAUAACAAAGAAGAUUCGUCAGUUUAACUUUAAAUUAUCAAAAUUGUAUUGAAACGCAAUAAAAAUAUAAUCGACUAAUAAAUUUUAUUCACCGAAUAAGGAUUCAUUGAUUUAUUUGGUGUUGGUGAAACUGGCUCUAAGACAUUUGCGAUUGUUAGAUACACUUUUACAUAGCAUUUUACUGUAUAUUUGAUAAAGUUUAUUGAGAAUUACAAUGGACUGUGAUAGUUGGGACGUCAAAUCAAUGUUGGCUACUCUGGAAAGGUUUCCAAACAAAGCAAAAAUCUGUCAAAGAUUCACACGUGGUGUUUGUUUUCGCUUUUAUAAUUGGAAUAUAUUGCUUGUGGGAUGUUUAAUUUUUACAAAAUGGUAAUGUGUUGGGUACCGUGAUUAUAAUCAAUGCUAAUAGUAUAUUUCCCACCAUAUUUCCAAAUAGGACUGGUUAAGAACCUGAAGAAACGCAGUAAGUACUAUGUAGUGUGUAAAUCAUUGAUUUUGUGUAAGGACAUUUAUAAAAUUAAAAGCAAUAUGAUUGAUGUGACUAACAAGGAUAGUGUCUUUAGAAAAAAUGUGCAGAUGAUUGUUAAAACAAAAUAAAAUUAAAAAUGAUUACACAAAUCACGUGUAUAAGCAAUUGACAGACGUCAAACUUUUGCUUUGUGUGGAAACCUUUUUGACGUCACACUAUCACGGUCCAUUCUGCCAAAAGUUUUCUUGCACAGUCAAAUACAAAACGUUUGCAAGAAUUUAGCAAAAGUUUUUUGUCAUGUACUCUGUUAUUGUUUUUAAAUAUUGAUAUUUAUGGGGAAGUCCAAUCACUUAUUCUUUACUUAAUGAAUUGUCAACAUCAUGUAAUACAGUGUUGAAAAGUCACCCGAAUCUGAAGACUUAAAGUGACAUUAUGCAGAUACUUUUUACAAACUAUUCUUGUCCUGUGUUUUUUAUUGUAAAAUUUAUAGCUAAUAUUUGAAUAAUAGCAGUACAUAUCUGCCACUUUAUUGUGAAUUACAAUAGCUUCGAAAGAACUUAAUAAGCAAUAUGAAUUUGUCUGUAAAAUUGUACUAUUUUUUGUUUAUAAUAUAAUUUGGCAAUUAUAUUACUUGCAAAUAAAUAUACAUUUUCUGCUACUGAUAAUAA